ACAUAGGAUAAGUUAGAAAGGAUAAGGAUAUCCUAAGAUUCUAGCUAGCUAGCCAUGGCCUCCUAUUAUGCAAUAGUUGUGCUUUCCGUGCUAGUGUUUUCCAUCUCAGGUGGUCAUGCACUGGAUGAGCAGGAGUUGAAAACAACCCUAUAUAUAAAACAGACAUAUGCCCAAGACCAAAGGUAUGUGGGAACUGACACCGUCGACGUCAUCAUUAAUUGGGUUAUAAAGGAUGGGCCAGAUGCCGCUGCGAAUACCAUCGGCCAUGCAGAGGGCCUGACAACCCAUGCAAAUCCUGCCAAGAAUUUCUGGGUAACCAUAAUUGAUAUGGUGUUCGAGGGUGGAAGCCUCGCUGGAUCAACACUACAAGUGAUGGGGCUUCAUGGUGCGAUGAAGGACGGACAAGGCCAGUGGAGUGUUAUGGGGGGCACAGGAGAACUUACAAUGGCACGAGGUAUUAUAAAUUACAAAAUAAUCCAAGAAGACGGUGCCAGCAGGACCUUUGAAAUAUCCAUAUGUGUGUAUUACACUUCAAAGUAUACCAUUCCGCUUUUGGGUGGUAUUGGCCUAUUUCCUUGAGGACGUUGAACUUCAAGUAGACAUUUCAACCAUCUUUCAUGUGCACAUGUGUGUGAGGAGACGGCUACAUCUACAAUCUAUUUUAUCCUUGAUCUUUAAUAAACGAACCCCUGUGUGUUGUGAGUGACAAACCACACAUUUGUACUCCAGAGCUGGAACGUUCAUUGUAAUUUGUGCUACAUUUUAUGUCAUGUUCUCCUUAUCUCAACAGAUCUUAUCAUCAAUAAAGUUUGCCAUUUGUGUAAAAAG